UCUAGGGGCAAUGCGGUGCGCGAGCUUUCCUUCUGUGUUGAGUACCCCUUCAACGUCGCUAUUGACAGCUUCGUGGGCGUCAACAGCACAGCGUCCGCUGAUGCAGCCUUGCUGUAUGCGCGGUCCCCGGGCGGCGUGCGCGACUCGGUGCACCCCUCCGUAAGCGUCUCACUGAACGGUCUCAGCACGGCGUUGGGAAGAUGCACUCUGCGGCCUCUACCUACCGAACGCUGACAUUGUCGCCGUGGUCGUCUCAAGUAUAAGAGAGGUAUUGAGGGCACCGUAUUCUCAACACUCUUCUUCAGCAUCCGUCUUCGAAGCUCGACUUCCACCUUCGCACUUUCGCACUUCGAUCCACGAGCUUUGAUCGCCAUGUUCGCACCAGCCCUCCUUUCCCUCGCUCUCGCUGCUGGUGCCUUUGCCGUGCCCGCCGCCUUGUCUACCCGCCAGAGCCCUUGCGAUGGUCUGGGCCCGGGAUCGAGCGACUCGCUCGCAUAUGAAUUCAUCCUCACCGUCGUCGACCCGUCGACCGGAGAUGGUGCUACCGGGCCCUCUCUUGCUCUCUUGCAGGGCCCAGAUUCCAUCUGGUGGCUCCAGGAAACCUUCCAGAGCACCACGGAAGACUUCUCGUCCUGGAAUCUUCAGAAUGGCGCCCUUAUCCCGAACCCGAGCUCCAACGGCGUUGGCUUGGUGGGAAAUGACUUUUCUGUCCCUCCGGCGUCCAUCGUCGAGUUCGCUGUGACGACAAAGGGCGCCGGGAACGGUCAGGCUGGCAAGACGCCGUAUUGCGUUGUGACUGAUUCAGAAGGCUAUGCCACCCUUGCGGUCAACGGCAACACGCAGGGCUUUGCGAUGUGCUACACCCCGGGUGAUGCCGCCUAUGUCCUCGUGUAUGAGCCAUCGGCGGAUAACAACGGUGCCUACGACUUCAGCACAUGUACUUCACAGAAGGUGCAGCUCCUGAAGGCGUAAACCUCUCCGAAGUUAUGACUCUGAGGACACUCGCGGCCAUUUCUACCGGACUUUUAUUACAAUUGGACAUUCGGUUUACUUUACAUGUUUAUACCGGCGUAUGAGGCAUUCUUACGGCUGACUACGCAUGCACCACUCAUUGUAUCUUACACUAAUCAUCACCCGCUUACUCCUUAUAUCGGACCCUUGAGGAGCAUGCGGUGAUGGAAUGUCAUCUUGCACGAAGACGUCGAUCCGUAUCAUGUUGAGCUCGCGCCUGGCAGUCCAAUUGACCCGUCUUCUGGUCUUGUCUGCAUUGAUUUCGUGCUGUUCGUCUUUGCCGUGGUGUGGCGAUGGGGAACAUCAAG